ACUCACCUCUACCUCUACCUCUUUCUCUGCGCUUCAUUUCUCUCUCCCUGGUUAACUAGCUAAUCAUCUCAGGUCAACUUAUAUCUAGCUUGCACAUUGUAAAACUUCACCAUGUAUCCCGGUGGUUACACUGCUGAGGUUACAAGCUUAUCUCCUAAAGCAGAAGAGAAGGAUGUGUACGAAUUUUUUUCUCACUGUGGUGCUAUUGAGCAUGUUGAAAUCAUCAGAUCCGGUGAAUAUGCUUGUACCGCAUACGUAACAUUUAAAGAUGCCUACGGUCUUCAAACUGCUAUCCUGCUCAGUGCAACCACCAUUGUAGAUCAACGUGUUUGCAUAACUCACUGGGGAACGUUUGUGGAUGAAUUUGAUGCUUGGGGAAGUUCAUCAAAGGAUGAAGGAAACACCAGCUCAGCGGGAAUUCCCUUCAACCAGUUUGUUUCUACCCCUGGAGAAGCAGUAACUGUUGCUCAGGAAGUUGUUAAAACAAUGUUAUCCAAGGGAUACAUUUUGGGAAAAGAUGCAAUGGUCAAGGCCAAAGCUUUUGACGAAUCUCAUCAAGUCUUAGCUACCGCAGCUGCCAAGGUGUCUGAGCUAAGCAAUAGAAUUGGGCUCACUGACAAGAUUUAUGCAGGAAUGGAAACUGUGAAAUGCGUGGAUGAGAAGUACCAUGUUUCAGAAUUCACCAAAUCAGCGGCAUCAGUUACUGGGACAGCAGCUGUUUCUGCAGCAACUUUUACAGGGAAAACAGCUGUAGCAGCUGCUAAUGCUGUAGUCAACAGCACCUACUUUGCUAAGGGAGCUCUUUGGGUUUCAGGUGUUUUGACACAGGCAGCCGAAGCUGCAGCUGAUAUGGGCAAGAAGGCUAGCACAUGAGUGAAGUUUUUCUUUCGAACAACAGUAAGGGUCUUUUACUUUUGUUCUUGUAUAAAAAUAAAUUUUAGUCCUUUUAGAUGCAGCUACUCAUAGACAGAUUAGCUUCUAAUGCUUUAAUGAAUAGCAGCUACUAUGCUAAGGGAGCACUUUGUGUUUUUGGCCUUUUGACAUGUGAAGCUUAUAAGUUGUUUUUUAGCUACUGGAGUUCAAUGCCCAGGAUUGUGCACAUUUUUGGACUUUAGGCUCAAGAUACAUCUUAUGGAUCAUUGAUGUCUAUACCUGACA